AUGCGUUGUAAUAGUUUUCAAGGUAAUGAAAAGGUAGUGGUUGGCAAUGCGGGCGAUAGUCGAGCAGUAUUGUGUCGUAACGGUGCGGCUGUUGAAUUGUCAGUUGAUCACAAGCCGGAAGAUGACAUAGAAAGGAGGCGAAUUGAGACAGCUGGAGGAGAAAUUAGUAUGGAUGGCCGAGUUAACGGUGGUUUGAAUCUUUCCAGAGCACUAGGUGACCAUUUCUAUAAGAAAAAUGCUGCAUUACCCUUAAAAGAACAGAUGAUCUCGGCAUUACCAGAUGUUAAACAGUAUAAAAUUUUACAAGGCGACGAGUUUAUCAUUAUUGCUUGUGAUGGCAUAUGGAAUUCUCUUACUAGCCAAGAAGCGGUUGAUUUCGUACGGCGAAGGAUAAAUGAUGGUGUAAGUUUGAAGGAUAUCUGUGAACAGAUUUGUGACCACUGUCUGUCACCAAAUACAGCUGGAGACGGCACUGGUUGUGAUAAUAUGACGAUAAUCAUAGCACAAAUACUGCGAUCAGCAUCGUUAUCACAGCAGUUGCCGACGCCAUCAUCAUUCUAA